GGCUCGUCACCGGGGAGACCGCGCCCCGCCCCCCCGGGCGCUGAUUGACGGGCUGGAGGAAGAGAGAGACGUCGCUGGAGGGUGGCGGGCAGCUUGGGUCCCCCAUGAAGAUGUUUGAGAGCACCGACGGGGCCGCCGCCCGCUCGGGCCAGGACCUCUGGGCCGAAAUCUGCUCCCGUCUGCCCGACCCCGACCGGGAGGACGUGGCCGGUGACACCUUUGCGGACUCCUUCGCGGACUCCAAUCCCCAGGGGGGCGACGGGGGGCAAGGGGCCGACUUCUCCUCGAAGCCGGCUGCGAAGCCCUGGGCCCCCCUGCAGGACUCGGACAUCUAUUUAGCCUCUUUGGAGAGGAGACUGAGGCGCGUCAAGGGCCUGAGCCAGGAAGUGACCUCCAAGGAGAUGUUGCGGACCCUGGCCCGGGCCAAGGAGGAAUACUGGGACCGGUUCCUGCAGGAGAAGCUGGAGUCAGAGGUGUUCGUGGACGGGCUGGAUGCCGAUGAGAGCACCCUGGAGCACUUCAGGCGGUGGCUCCAGCCAGACAAGGUGGCCGUCAGCACCGAGGAGGUCCAGUGCCUCAUCCCCCCCGACCCUCCGGCUGAGAAGGCAGAAGCCGGGCACGAGGCGACACCCGUGGAUCAGUGACGCCCACCGGGGGCCCAGGGGCCGACUCAGAGCCGGGAAGCUGAGGCGGCUGCGGUCAAGGAACGGCCCGCAAAGGAAAGAGGAAUCCGGGGAGUGAGCGGCCGCUGGCCCGGACUGACCAUCGCUGCCCUCCCGGCCGGUCCUCCCUCAUGCCCUCUGAGGCACGGUGGUGGGCCCGGAAAAGGGGGCCAUGAGAGAAGGCAGUGAGCUGCCGGUGCCCCUCGGUCCAGAACGUUUCCCCGGUGGGGGGCUCGGCCCUUCCUUUAGGACUCUCCCGCAGCAGCUGGCCGCCCCAGCCACUCCAUCCUGGGUCCUGUGGCCUCUCCCCUCUCGCCGCCGGUAGGCAUGGGAGCCCUUGACCCCGGUCAGUAUUGCCCGGGACGGGUCCCACAGUAAACUUAAUGGAGUGGACGGACAGGUGGGUUCCCAGAGGGUGAGGGGCUGGGCUCUACUCUUUGGAUUGUGAGAAGUAGGGGUGUGUGGGUGUGUGAAUAUCUUUGGGCACUCAGUCUUUCCCAGCAGCUCCCGGUGCCCCAGGGAAGGGCUAGCUUCUUGAGGAGACCCUGACCCAGAUAUCUGGGUUGGGGGGGGGGGACUGCCUGGCCCCCCACUCCCACCCCAUGACCGCUAUCUUGAGGACUCAUGACUCUGUUUCAGGGCUAAUAAAGAGUUUUGCCCACUUGC